AUGUGUGCAUGGGAUAUCACAGGAAUCGACUGUGGCCGAUCUGCCAAUACUCCCACAAGUACAGUAGCUGAAUCGAUUUGUGGCACAAAACAUGUGAAGAAAAUCAAGGGAAUUUGUUUUCGCGGUAUUGAUACUCUCGCUUUGGAUGCGGUUGAGUCCGUGGUUGUGUUAGACCAGCGUACUAUUCCUCACGAUGAAAAUAUAGCAUGCGAAUAUGCUGGUCUAUGUAUUGUGGACGCAACGACUGGUUGUGAAGUUACCAGAACUGAUGUUCUUUUGGCACCAUUGCCGGCGAUGGAAGAGCUGGUGCAGCUCGAGGAAGUCACUAACGAUGACUUCCUUCACAACCUCAAGUUUGAUGACAUUGAUGAGGUCGUGUUGCUAUAUUCGAAGGUCGACUCAACGGAGCUACGCUUAUCAUUAGUUAUGGAUGAUUCGGUUCUCAUGGUACUUCAACAGCGUGUGGAGUCACUCAGACGAUCUGCUGUUUUGAAAUAUCCAACUGAUUCUUAUUACUCAGUUGUUAUGGAGCACAAGGAUGUCGGCUUUAGUGCGAACCUGCCUUCUGGUCUUCCACCCGAACGUGGGAUUCGGCACCAAAUUGAUCGUGAACCUGGUUCAAAGCAUGCAGUGCUCCGAGAGUGGCUACUAUCGCGUGAUCAAAGUGAGUUUAUCGAUAAGCUCUUUGCUCAAAGCAAGCUGCUGAUCUGGUGA